AGACACUCCUCAAUCCCCAAAUCUGUAGCGGUAAACCUCAUCCUUUCUCCUUCAACCUCACCUCUUCCCCUUAUCCCACUCCUUCCUCGCUCUGCCUCUACCUAGCUACGCGCUCCAUCCAUACAACGGCAUUAAUUGGCCACAAUGCAUUAAUUGAGCAUAAAUGAAGAGGGGAAUCAACGAGCAGAAGAAUUAAGCUUGUUUCGAUUGUGAAGAGGAUAGGUAGUUGCUGAGGUACUUACUAGUGUUGCUGGCUCUCAUCAGCUUCUUUCCAUGGAGCAGCUCCGAGGACCCAUUCAUGACCCACUUUUGGAGAGGGAAGUGUUGGGCUCAGAGUGCUUGGAGCCUGGCUUAUUUGAGAUGAUGAGAUAUGGGAGCCUGUUCUGUCAUCGAACACCUUUCCUGCAACUUCUCAUGCAAUCCGGCGGAAAGGAGACCACUGAAGCAGAGCACCCAAGUUUCUUCCCCCAAGAAACCAACUUGCAGUUUCUGCGACGACUACAGAGCCAAACCUACCUGCGAGAGGCGGCCUUUGAGUCCUCCCGCGCAGCGGAGCAACUCGAGAGCUGCAUCACUCACGCCUCCGAGUCGGACGCGCGUCCAGCAAGUGGUGUCGUCGUCGUCGUCAGCGGAGGCGGCGUCCACCACAAUCGGACCCCUGCCGCGGUGGCACUCGCGGCGGGAUCGAGCGAGCGGAGGAAGCGGAAGAGGCCACGAUCGGCGUCGGCGUCGAAAAACGCGGUGGAGGCGGAGAGCCAGCGGAUUACCCACAUUGGCGUGGAGCGCAACCGCCGCCGCCUUAUGAAUGACUACCUCGCCACUCUCCGCUCCCUCAUGCCACCCUCCUACGUCCAACGCGGCGACCAAGCGUCCAUCAUCGGCGGUGCGAUUGAGUUCGUCAAGCAGCUAGAGCAGCACCUCGUCUCCCUCCAAGCACAGAAGCGGCAGCGGGCACCCAAUGACGACGACGUUGUCACCUGCGCAAUCGCGGACGCGUUCCACGACGGCUUCUUCGUGUCGCCGCAAUACAGGAACUACUCUGAGGGCGAGGAGGAGGGCAUAGGGGUGGACGUGGAGGCGACGCUGAUCCAAGGGCACGUGAGCCUCAAGGUAGCCGGGCGGCGACGGAAAGGUCAACUAGUGAGCGCCAUCGCGGCCAUGGAGGAACUGCACCUCUCUGUGCUCCACCUCAACAUCACUUCACUCGACCCCUGCUCCGUCCUCUACUCUCUCAACCUCAAGAUGGAGGAAGAGUGCCAAUUGCUAACAGCGGAUGAGAUUGCGACAGCGGUGCACCGGAUCUUUGGCUACAUCAACGCCUGCUGAUGACAUUGUUGUCAGCUUAGGGAAGAGAAAAGAUGCUCCAUUGACUUUAGGAAGUGGAUCAGAUGAGAGUGAUCGAACAGGAAAGGAAAGGAACACAAGUCGUAGCCGCAGCAGCAGCAGCGAGAGCAGCUUUCCCUUUGUUUGCAGUGAUGGGAGCUUGUACAUGUACUCCCCUUCGGGUUGCUGUUUUACCAGCUUUUUCUGUCUUCGAUUACAAUAUUUUUGUUCUUCGGAACGGAUGCUUGCAUUUUAGGUGCCAAGUGUUUCUUCGUGAAUUGAAUUGCUGUAGAUCAACUAACUAUGACCAAAAUCAAAAGCCUCCCUUUUUUCA